GUUCAGUUACCUAGAAACAUGAUUGAAAACAGCAUGUUUGAGGAAGAGCCCGAUGUGGUUGACUUGGCGAAAGAGCCCAGCUUGCAUCCUUUGGAGCCCGAUGAGGUAGAAUAUGAACCAAGAAGUUCUCGUCUACUUGUACGUGGUCUUGGAGAUCACGAAAUGGAUGAGGAUGAAGAGGAUUAUGAAUCGUCAUCAGCCAAACUUCUGGGAAUGUCUUUCAUGAAUAGAAGUACUGGUCUGCGAAGUAAUAUGGCCGGUUAUAGGCAACGUUCAGAUGGAUCAUGUUCUGCUCCAUCCGUAAGGACUACAAUAAUCUGUGCAGUUGUUCUUGUGAUUGCUGUCUCCGUAAUAAUGGCAAUCUAUCUUCUCCCCAAGUGCACUUUUACCAAAGAAGGUUGUCACAGCAAAAACCUCACAAUGGAAGAUAUAUAUCCUUUGGCAACUAAUGGAAAACCUUUUCCAUGGGCUCAUUUUAGGCUUCCCAGUGCUAUUGUUCCAAAACAUUAUGAUAUUGUUCUGCAGCCAAAUCUUACCACAAUGAGAUUAACAGGUUCUGUUCUAAUAACUGUGGAGGUUAUCCAGGUUACUAUGCAUAUUAUACUUCAUAGUUCAAAGCUUAAUAUUACCAAGGUAACACUUGCUUCACUGGGUUCAAGCCUGCCCAAACCAGCCAAUUUCCUGGAAUACCCAAUGAAUGACCAGAUUGCAAUUAUAGCUCCGGAAACUCUUCUUGCAGGACAUAAAUAUAAGAUCGGCAUAGAGUAUUCCUCUAAUUUAUCAGACACUUACUCUGGCUUUUACAAAAUUGCCUUUAAGAAUAACAGCGCAACAAGUUGGCUUGCAGCAACUCAGUUUGAGCCCCUGUCAGCAAGAGCAGCAUUCCCUUGCUUUGAUGAACCAGCAUUCAAAGCCAAUUUUCAAGUCAAAAUCAACAGAGAACAUCAACACAUUGCUCUGUCAAAUAUGCCAAAGAAAGCAACCAAUCUUUUGGCUAAUGGAUUAUUUCAAGAUGAAUUCUCUGUGAGCUUGAAAAUGAGCACUUACCUAGUAGCUGUCAUUGUUGGAAACUUGGACUAUAUCAGCAAGGAAAUAAAUAAGAUUCUGGUAUCUGUUUAUGCUGUACCACAAAAGCUGGGGCAGACUGAAUACGCCUUGAACACAGCAGUGAAGCUUCUUGAAUUUUAUCAGAAUUAUUUUAAUAUAACAUACCCAUUUAACAAAAUAGAUCUAGUAGCUCUUCCAGAUUUUCAGGCUGCAGGUAUGGAAAAUUGGGGUUUGAUCACUUUUCGAGAGACAGCACUCCUUUAUGAUAAUAAUACCUCUUCAGCAAUUGAUAAAAAGAGAGUGACAGCAGUAAUUGCUCAUGAGCUAGCCCACCAGUGGUUUGGUAAUCUGGUAACAAUGGAAUGGUGGAAUGACCUGUGGCUGAAUGAAGGAUUUGCUACUUUUAUGGAAAAUCUUGCCAUGAAGAUUGUCUUUCCGGAUUUAUAUACUGAUGACAUUUUUUUAAAUCUGCAAUUUAAGACCAUGGAGAAAGAUUCCAUGAAUUCAUCUCACCCGGUUUCCCUUCCUGUCAGUUCAUCAGCAGAGAUUGAACAAAUGUUUGAUGUAGUCUCCUACAUCAAGGGAUCUUCUCUCUUGUUUAUGUUAAAAAACUAUCUUCAUAAAGAUGUUUUCCAAGCUGGCAUUCAGAUCUAUUUGCAUGACUACAGCUAUGGUUCCACGUGCAGUGAUAACUUAUGGGACAGUAUGAAUAAGGUGACACAUGGAACAGCUGAUGUAAAAACAAUUAUGAACACUUGGACAAAUCAGACGGGAUUUCCAUUGGUGACCGUCAAAAGAGAAGGAAAAACAAUCCUUUUGAAGCAGGAAAGAUUUGUGCAUAAUACAGAAUUGAAUGAUCAGAUCUUACCUUCAAGUUAUCUGUGGCAGAUCCCUCUUUCUUACAUCACGAACAAUGACAACUCAUCCCUCUCUUUUCAGACAUACUUAUUGGAUAAAAAGACAGGUGUAAUUGAGUACCCUCAUGAAAUAGAGUGGGUAAAGUUCAAUGUGAAGGGAAAUGGUUACUAUAUUGUGCAUUAUGCUGCUGAUAAUGACUGGAUUGCUCUAAUUGAACUACUGAAGACAAAUCCCAAUAUUUUUGAUGCCAAAGACAGAGCCAAUUUGAUUCAUAAUAUAUUUAUUCUGACUGGGGUAGGAAAAGUCUCUUUGACCAUGGCUUUCAAUCUAACGGACUAUAUAGUGAAAGAAAGCAGCCCAGCUCCAAUCAUGCAAGCUUUAUACCAAAUCAGUCGCAUCUUCAAUUUAGUUGAGAAAAGGGGAAUGCUGGAACUCUCCUCCAGAGUGUUGUAUAGGAUUGAAAAAUUAUUUGGAGAGAAGAUUGAGCAACAAACAUGGAACAGUAAUAAGACCCUCUCGGAACUAGAGCUACAGUCAAGUCUACUAAAUUUUGCCUGUUCCUAUGAUUUAAGAAGCUGUAGUUCAAAUGCUUCUAAUCUAUUUGACAAGUGGAAGGACUCCAAUGGGACAGAAAGCCUGCCGACAAAUGUUAUGAAGAUCAUAUUCACAGCUGGAGCAAAAACUGAAGCUGGCUGGCAAUUCCUUUUAAAAAUGUAUUCCUUUGUGGAUUCUGAACCAGAAAAACUCAAAAUUCUUGAAUCACUGGCCAGCACAAAUGAUGUUAAAAAACUCAUCUGGUUAAUGCAAACAAGCCUGCAAGGAGUUGUAAUCAGAUCACAAGAUCUUCCAACGGUCAUAAAAACUAUCAGUCAGAAUUUGCCUGGACAUUUAUUGGCAUGGGAUUUUGUCAAAGAAAAUUGGGAUCAGCUUAUCAAAAAGUUUCAUCGUGGAUCAUACACUAUUCAAAGCAUUGUAACUUCAACAACGGGUCAGUUCUCAACACCAGAACAUCUGCUAGAGGUUAAGUCAUUCUUUGAAUCAAAGUCAGAGGAAACUGCUCAAUUGCAAUAUGUCCAAGAAGCUAUUGAGACAAUUCAACUGAAUAUCCAGUGGAUGGAACAAAACUUGGCACUCCUUGAAAAAUUGCUAUAGUAAUCACAAUUCUCUUACAACUUGUAUUAAUCACUAGGAAUGCUGCAACUCUUGGUCUUUUGCUUUUGC